CAUGGCCGGACACAGGCCCCCAACCUUCUGCCCCCCUCCAGACAGUGGUAGGGGUGGGUCCCCCGGGCCGGCGCCCCUGUGGGUUGACAUUCCGAGCUGGACAAGCGUCCAGGUAGCCCCUGGCAGACUGAUGGUCUGGCCAGGGGUCGGGGCAAGCAUCUGCCGAGGCCCUGGGAUGUGGGGGGUCCCUGUAGGUCCCUCGCCUUAUGAAUUCCGGGGCGGGCUGGCCCCCUGCAGAGCUGACGAGGCUGGGCCCUGGUUCCCAAGCCCCCCCGACCCCCCUGGGCUGGAACCCUACAUUGCGCUGCUGAACGCCCCCACAUUGACGCUGCCCGAGGACGUCUCGGCCCUGGAGAAGGAGAUGGAGCAGCUGGCCAAGGAGCUGCGGGAGAGGAGGCUGACCCUGGGCUACUCGCAGGAAGAUGUGGGGGUCGCCGUGGGCGCUAUGUUUGGGGAGGUGCUCAGCCAGACGACCAUCUGCCGCUUCGAGUCCCAGCAGCUCAGCCUAGCCAAGAAGUGGAAGGUGGGGCCGCUGCUGAAGAUGUGGCUGGCGGAGGUGAACGCCAAGAACCACCAAGGCUUGUGGAAGAUGGAGAUGAUCCUGCAGCAGGGUCGGAAGCGGAGACAGGCCCACCGGGAGAGAAGACUCCGGAACGACCUGGAGAGGUUCUUCCUGCAGUGUCCGAACCCCACGCCCCAGCAGAUCAGCUGCAUCGCGGGGUACCUCCGGCUCCGGAAGGAGAUGGUCCGGAUGUGGUUCUGUCAUCGGAGCCAGGCGUGUGGUCCCCCGACCCAGAGCUCCUCGGGGUGGGAGGAUGUGGGAGCAGCCGGGCCCCCUCUCCCCGGACCACCGGUGUGCCUUCCCCUGGCACCCGGGCUCCAUCUCGAUUUCCUCCACUAUGGGGGGCCCUACCUUGGCCCCCUGUACCCCGCUACACCCUUUCCUGGAGGAGGAGCCCUUCUGUCUGCCCCGGCUGCCACCCUCGGCCUCCCCAGGCUUUCAAGCUGAUGGGAGGGUGAGGAGAGAAGGGAGCGAGAAGAAAGCUGGGUCAGCCACCCCGGGGUCCAAGUUUUACCUCCCGCACACUGGCUGAAGGAGUUGGGGAUACACAGUUGGGAUGUGGGCGGGAAGUGUUUAAGAAAUUUGGGAGGGAAGUUUAUUGAUGGUUUGUGUUUUGCCCUUUGUUUAAAAAAUGCUCUGGUUUUAAGGCAUGUUACAAUAUACAAAUGGUUUCAAUAAAUGGUUUCAGUAUUUCGGUUCGCUGUUAACUGAAGAUUGUGGCUGUUGUUCCAUGUGGCGUUCAGGAAAUAGUGUUUAAUUUUUUUUUUCUUGUAAACAGUAUUGAGUGAAAAACUCAAGUCACCAACUACUUUAGAAUACUAUUUUUUAUUAA